AAUUAAAUCACGAGCUACUAUUAAUGAUAAAAUAUGUCAGCCCAAAUGUGUUGUUUCUGCUCUUAAAAAACCGUGACUUAUGGGUGGUAUACCACGUGGCUUAUGGGUGGUAUACCAAGUAUUAGGGAAAAUGUUUCCAAAUUAAUAUAUCAUCACAAGAAACUAGUAUCAUAUCGUUCAAAAAAAACGGAAACACAAAAGCUGCAUGAAAAUAAUUUUUUGGCAUUAGAAAAAGAAUUGUUUGACAUAAGGCACCCAAAACUUUAUGAAAUAAUUGAAAAAGAUAAAAUUCAAUCAAAAGGUGCAAAAGAAUGCAAUAUUUUAUUUUAUGAAGAUCAAAAAACUGCAAGAACAAUGAUAAUUAACAAAAUAGACAAAAAAUAUCAAAAAAUUUAUUCCAACAAAGAGUUUCGCAAAAGGAAAGCCAAGGAGUUAGAGCAAAAGGAGGAAUCUGCCACAAAAAUUAAAACAAUUUUCAUCAAAGUUAAAACAAUUUUCAUCAAAUAGUAAUUGUAUUAAUUUAACUUAUUAAAAAAACUUCAACAUUUUGUGGGCGUUUUGGAAUUUCUGUUGGAGUACAGACAGGAUUAUUAGCAUUAUUUUUAAGAUGUGGAAAUAUCAACCUUAAUGAAGUAAAACUUUCAAAGACAAAAGUAGAAAAAAUAAGAAAAGAUUUGUAUGUAAGUGAAUCAGAGUUAAUUAAGGAAAAAAUAAUAGAAAAAUGUAAAAAUAGUAAUUUAAUUUUGCACAUUGAUACAAAAAAAGUUACAACUUUAAAUGAAGACUAUAUUUCUGAAGUAAGCGAACGUCUAGCUAUUGUUGUUACAAGUCCAGACUGGGAUUUAAAUACAAAUGGAAAACAACAGGAUGAGCUGCUAGGCAUAGUUAAAUGUCAAUCGGGGAAAGGAUAUGAUCAAGCAUUGGCAUGUUUUAAUGUUAUAAAAAAGUUUGGAAUUGAAAGCAUUAUAAUUGGGAUUUGUGCUGACACAACAGCAUGUAACACUGGUUGUAAUAAGGGUUGUAUAAGUAUUUUAGAAGAACUUUUAAAUCGACCUCUGUUAAGACUUCUUUGUAGAAAACAUUCCCAAGAAAGACAUAUUUUACAUGCAAUAAAUGCAAUCACUAAAACAGAAAGCAAAGGUCCAUCAAAAUCUAUUUAUACGAGAUUCAAAGCUACUUGGCCAAUGCAUUAUGAAAAUGUUCAAAAUAAUAUGGAUCAGUUAUCAAAGUUUCCGUGGUGCGAAGUUAGUGGAACCCCAUUAGAAGAUAUGGCUAAAAAAAGUUUAUCUUUUUGCAAAAAAGCUUUGGAACUUAAUACUUUUUCCAGAAAUGAUUAUAAACAUCUGUGUCAAUAUGUCAUUGUUUUUCUGGAAGGAAGGGAGGCAGUUCCUGAAUUUAUUAUACACAAACCAGCUGCUGAACAUGAAGCUAGAUUUAUGGCAGACGCUUUAUACAUUUUGGCAAUGAAGCUUACUCAACCAAUCAUAAAGUUUUUAACCCUAGAGGAAGAAAUAGUAUUUUCAAAGGCUGCGAUAUAUGUAGCUUCAGUUCAUACAAAAAACUUUCUUCAAUCAAGUCAAAUUGUUUCUGCUGCUCAUAAUGAUUUGUGUACAGUUAAAGAGAUGAUAAAAAUGAAAGAUUUUGAUGCUGAUGUUUCUCAAGCUUUUAUUUCAAGCUAUCUUAGACACAGUUAUUAUCUUUCUGAAGAAACGGUUGUCUUUUGUUUAUUUGAUAAAAGUCUUGACAACAAAUUUAAAGGAAAAGUUGCUCAGCAGUUGUUAAAAACAAAUUUACCUGAAAUCUUCAAACUUAAAAAGUUUAAGCCUGUAGAAAUAAAUGAACAUUCAGAACUUAAUGAUUACGUUGGUCGAAAUUCUUGGCUAAUUUUUAAAAUAGUUCCUUACUUAUCAAAGUGGUUAGAAAGUCCACCUGAUUUGUGGACUUAUGAUUCUGAUUAUAAAACUAUGCAAAGGUUUAUAAAAAGAUUAGUCUUUUUGUCUGUUGCAAAAGAGCUAUUAAAUUGGUAAAAGACUUUAUCGAUUCAACAAUAAAAGAGGAGAAGAUAUUUUACUGGUUUUAAAGGAGCACAGAGUUAAUUUUCCAUUUUAUAAAUGUAACUGGUCCAAAGAAAUACUUAAUAAAUUGUAAGAAAAGUUUAACUUUUUAUAAGAAAAAUUCAACUGAAUUUUUUAUGUAUAUUAUUUACAAAACGUAUUUGUAAAACCUUUAGUCAAAGUCUCAUACAUUUUUAA